CUCCAGCCCUUAAGCUCCAGUAAAGCUCUUUAAAUCCGACAUUAGUGUUUGUGAGUCACAGCAAAGAUGAGCUUCGGGGAGAGGUACGCGGUGUCGUCCUACCAGAAGAUUUUCGGGGACUCUCCGCGGUUCCCGGCUUCCUCCUCUUCUCGUUUGAGCGGCGGCUCAGCGCGCGCCUCCCCGGGGCUCAGGUCCAUGGCUGCGGCGCGCAGCACUGCGCCCUCACACGGCCUCUACAGGCGGGUCGGGCGCUCCUCGACGGCUUUGGCUUCGGUUCCGAGCGGCUCGCUCGACUUGACCCAAACCUCCGUGGUGAACAAUGAAUUUAAAGUCAUUAGAACAAACGAGAAGGAGCAGCUGCAGGGUCUGAACGACCGCUUCGCCACGUUCAUCGAUAAAGUCCGACAGCUGGAGCAGCAGAACAAAGUGUUGGAGAUGGAGCUGGUGACGCUGCGACAGAAGCAAAGCGAGCCGUCGCGUGUCGCUCAGCUCUACCAGCAGGAGAUGAGGGAGCUGCGCUCAGAGCUGGAGGAGCUGAACAGGGACAAGGGCCACAUCCUGAUCGAGAAGAACAACUUGGAGGACGAGCUGCAGAAGCUCAGUGGAAAGUAUGAGGAGGAGGUGAGGAUGCGGGAGGAAGCCGAGCAGACUUUGAGGUCCUUCCGUAAGGAUGUGGACAACGCGGCCGCCGUUCGUUUGGACUUGGAGCGCCGGGUGGAGUCUCUAACGGAUGAAAUCUCUUUCCUCAAGAAGGUGCACGAAGAGGAAAUCGAUGAGCUGAGCAGCAUGAUGGAAGCGCAGCAGGUAUCCGUGGGGGGGCUGGAGCUCGCCAAACCUGACCUCACAUCGGCCCUGAAAGAGAUACGAAACCAGUACGAGUCCAUCGCCUCCAAAAACCUGCAGUCGGCCGAGGAGUGGUACAAGAGCAAGUUUGCUAGCCUCAGCGAGCAGGCCACCAGGAGCACCGAAGCCAUGAGAGCCAGCAGGGAGGAGAUCUCAGAGUUCAGGAGACAGCUGCAGUCCAAGACUGUGGAGAUAGAGACCCUGAGGGGCGCCAACGAGUCUCUGGAGAGGCAGAUGGCGGAGAUGGAGGACACACACAAUGCUGAAGUCUCAGCCAUGCAGGACACCAUUAAUCACCUGGACAGUGAGCUAAGGAACCUGAAGGGUGAGAUGGCUCAGCACCUGAGGGAGUAUCAGGACCUGCUCAAUGUCAAGAUGGCUCUGGACAUAGAAAUAGCUGCAUACAGAAAACUGCUGGAGGGGGAGGAGACUCACUUCAACUCUGGCAUGUCUUUCGGGACUGCCAGCUACAGCUAUCAACCCCGAGUGUCAGCCGGCUCCUCCAGGAGCAGCAAGAGGGAGAAAGAAGGAGGUGCUAAGGAAAGUUUUAAGGAUGUAGGUGAGGAUAAGGAUGAGGCAGACAUCAACUCCAACACCUGAGGACAGACAGGGACAGAUUUUAACUCAAAUGUUUGACAUAGAUUGGUGUUUCAUGUAGGAUUGUGGGGAUUGUUGUACGCUUUUACUUAUUUAUGGACUAUAAUGACAACAUUUACUUCUGUAACACUCUUAAGGUGGAUAGUAACCCAGAAACAAGGCUCCACAGUAGAUGUGUGGCCAGAUAAUUUAUUAUCUAAUUUAUAAUUUAUUUAAAUCGAAUGAAGUUGCACCUGUACAAGCAAUCAAAGGAUAUCUAAUGUGAUCUGAUCUAAUCCAUUAAAAGGUGAUGGAAAGUAACAGUUAGUAUUCAGGCACUUCCACCAUAUUAGAAUAUAAUUGAAAAUAUGUUAAAAAAAUAAAACUAAUAUUGAUUUAGACUCUUAACUGAUACUUUAAAGAGUUUAUUCUCAAUUAUUGUUAUUUUCUCAUGGUAAAAAAAAAUAAUAAUAACAUUAAAUUCUGUAUUCAGAAAGCUGAAAUAAUUAUUAUAUUUGUGGAAUAAAAUGACUAAAUGAGCCAUUUUCCUUUGAAUCUUCUCACAAUUCCUGAAAAGGCUUCAAAAUCUUAUCAGUGCUGCACUCCUCUGCUGCUUCUGGACUUUUUUUAGCCUCAUUUCCUUUGUUGAACCUUCUGAACUAACCCUGGAAGCAGCUCUGUGAACAGCCACACCUCCGACCUCACGCAGGGUCAAACUUUCCCUGUGACUGUGUGAAGAAUGAUCUAAAAUAUAGUCUGGAUAAAUAUAUAUAUUAAAAAAAACAAAUUUUUUCUAUAGUUAGAUUCUUCUUUUCAGAUAAUUUUAGGCCUUCACUUAAGGCUUUGCAGGCCCUGAUGGUACGCCACUGGAAGGACUGCUCCAUAAUGACAGAACUUUGCUGCUGUUUUUGUAAAAUUAUCCAACUCCAGUGACAACAUAAGAUUCUGAGCAACUACUUUUAAGGUUAAAGUAAAAAAUGCAGAGCACAUCAGGGCAGGGUUCAGCAACCUGAGGCUCCGGGGCAACAUGUGACUCCUUUGUACCUCCAUUGUGGCUCAUUAGAUUUAAUAAAGUUUUGUGUUUAAAUAUUAACAUGUCAGAUAACUGAGUUAAAUAAAAGGUUUAACCUAAUUUCAGAGUUAUUUAUUAUUUGAAUCGACUUAAGGCUCAUAUUUUGAUCUUCUGCUGAAUAU